GCUUGCUCUCUGAGAUGGUGCAGGGCACAGUUGCACCAGAUCUCAUCAGCUUCAGUGCCACCAUAAGAGCCUGCGAGAAAGGUGGGGCCUGGCACAUGGCCUUGUACCUCCUGUCCCAGAUGCCAAUGGCCAGAAUUGCGGCCGACGUAAUCAGCGUCAGUACCGGCAUUAGCGCCUGUGAGUUGGGUGGCCAGUCGCAGAUGGCCCCGUACCUCUUCGCGCAGAUGGAUCAGUGUGAGCAGCCAGCGCUGUGCAAGAGUUGA